UUAAUGGCUAGAGGCCUAUUUGGAAACUUUGGGAUAACUAUAGCAUGCCUGUAUGGAACAUAAAUCUGGGAUAUAAAUAAGGCCACUGAGAGCCAGACAAGAAAGCUGGGGAUCAGAGUGCAAUGCUGAGAACAGUUCUGUUCAGGAUGAUUUGACUUCUGAGUAAUCUGGAUUAUUUAUGGCGUGUCUACAUUUGUCAGAAGUUUUUCACAGACAAAAUGUCAGUGGAAAAGCGCCUGGCAUAUUCCAUAGUGCAGUUCCUCAGAGACCAGACACACUGUGGUUCACUCAAUUCAGAUGAACAGGAAAGCCUCGAAGUUGCAAUACAAUGUUUGGAGACCACCUUUAAGAUCAGCUCCAGCGAAUGUCACCUUGCAGCUCCACAGCCCCUCAGAGAGAUCUUUCUGAACUCCCUCCUCAAGAAUGACAUCGUGUCAUUACAAGAGACGUCUCCGUCUCCAGAGGACAUUGAGAGGGCUGAGCAGCUGAAGAAUGAAGGGAACAACCACAUGAAGGAGGAGAAUUAUAGCUGCGCUGUGGAGUGUUACACAAAAGCCAUCCAUCUGGACCAAAGAAAUGCUGUCUAUUACUGCAACAGGGCUGCUGCACACAGUAAACUGGGGAAUUACACAGAAGCUACUGGAGAUUGUGAGCGGGCAAUAGCCAUUGAUCCGACAUACAGCAAGGCCUAUGGAAGAAUGGGAUUGGCAUUGACUUCCAUGAGCAAGUAUCCAGAGGCCAUUUCUUACUUUAAGAAGGCAUUGGUAUUAGAUCCUGAAAACGACACGUACAAAUCCAACUUGAAGGUCGCUGAGCAAAAAAAGAAAGAAGCAUCAAGUUCUACGGCCGCAGGACUGGGCUUUGACAUGGCCAGCCUCAUCAACAAUCCAGCCUUCAUUAGCAUGGCUGCCAGCGUUAUGCAGAAUCAGCAGGUGCAACAACUAAUGUCAGGAAUGAUGUCUAACGCUGUCGGAGGGCCAGCAGCAGGGGUUGGAGGCCUGUCUGAUAUAUCCAGCCUCAUUGAGGCUGGGCAGCAGUUCGCACAGCAGAUCCAGCAACAGAACCCGGAGCUGAUUGAGCAGCUGAGGAACCACAUCCGGAGCCGCUCCUUUAGCGGCAGUGCUGAGGAGCAUUCCUGAUCUGCACAGAGCCAAGUGAGAGGAAGAACAAAGACGAGGCAAGCAGAGAGGGAGAAGGAAAGUCGUGAAUGCAAUCUCUACACCCAUUCUUUCAAAUCUGAGCACUGGCAGAGCUGGAGUGAGGAGAGGGAAAAUGGGGCUGUGGCACUUUACAGGGACUGGGGCUUCCGUCCGGGAGAGAGGCAGAGGAAACAAGUCAAAAGCCCCUUUCACACUACACCACUUCCCACACCACUUCACUGCUAAAUAUGACAUCCUGCUGUUCUAAGAAUGGCCGGCAGUAUUUCAGGAAGUGCUAGAAAUGUUCAGAUCAUUUAAAGGGCCCAUAUUACUGCAAACCAAAAUUUCUCGUAAAAGAGUUGGAUGUAGAAUAUAAAAGCUGUUAAAGUUUCAAAAUGUUCCCUUCACUCUCCAGUCCAUAUAUGGAAACUAGGUUUAUUUAGAUAAUUAAGUUUGUGAUGUCACAGCAAUUUACACAUUUACAUAACCAGCCUACGACCAGUUAACCCACCCAUUCACACUAAAGUGAUAAAUAAUGUUACUGCAGACAGUCUGUAGCAGAGAUAUUGGAGUGGAAGAUAUGGAAAAAAUGAUUGUUGUGCUGUUCCUGGCCGUCAGGAAGCAAAUCUAUCAUUGUAGCCUUUAACAGAAGCUAUUUGUUCCUGACAUUCCUCUGCAUUUUAUCCCAAACACAACAGUUUGUUCUAUACAAAAUGAUUUUUGAUGUGGCCUUUUUACUUGUUGAAGGGUCAGCCAAUCAGUCAUUUACAUACAUCAGUCUUAAAAGCAGUGACAAAAGCAGCCUGUUUAAUUCUACGAAUGGAAUCGGUUAGAGGUUGGUAUGAAGUAGUGUAUAACAUUGCUGUCCUCCACAUGGCAGACUGGGGUUCGAUUCCUUGCAGGCAAGCAUAAAACACUAUAUACUAAUAUGAGUCCUUUGGCAAGACUCCUAAGGCUGCCUUUAGCAUAUUGUGAAACUCUUUAUGCAACUAGUGGCAUAUUCUAAGUUGUCUGCAACAUACACCUACAUGCACCUUGACACCUAUUCCAUUAGUUAGACAAUUUAGCUGCUUGUAUUUUUUAUAUCAUAUUUUAUAUCGAUAUUCUCGCUGUAAAGCCACCUG